AUGGCGGUCGGCCCUCGUUUGGUCGCCAGAUCGCGCUGCAAAUGCCACGGGUUUCACUCGGGAGGUGGAAAUACCCAUAACUUACCUGACAGGCUUCGUCAGGCCGCCGAUGCCGGGUUUCAGUCUAUUGACCUGAUGGAAAACGACUGGGCGCAGUACUUGCGAUCGCACCUCGGGGCCGUCCACGAGGAUAAGAUAUGGGAACCGACUGCUGAGAAGCUGGCAAUUGCCAAAAAGCUUGGAGACCUGGUCAAAGACCUGAACAUGUCUAUUGUCUGUGCCCAGCCGGUCCGCCAAAUUGAAGGGUUCACGGACCCCAAGCAGCGCAUGGCGAAUCUGGCUUCAGUGGUGAAUCGAUUCCCUUUCCUACGGGCAUUCGAUACGGAUAUGCUAUUCCUCGUCUCGAAUAUCGGAGCGGAAAAUAGCACGAUCGAGCUAAAAACCGUCGCGAACGACCUGCGAGAACUUGGGGAUAUGGCAGCGGCAUUUGCCAGACAAGAUGGAGGCCCAAUGAUCAAGAUUGGGUAUGAGGGCCUUUCAUGGGCACUACGGAACACUUGGUCAUCCACAUGGGAGGUAGUCCGUGCAGCUAACCGGCCAAACGUGGGCCUGAUCGUUGAUUCAUUCAACUGGCUCGCAGUCGAGUUCGCCGACCCAUACAACAAAGAGGGCCACGGUCGAAUCUACCCCACACUGGAAGAAUCGAUAGACGUUCUCUGCUCAUCCAUCGCGUCUAUGGUGGCUUCAGUGCCCGCGGAGAAGAUAUUUCUGCUCCAAAUCGCAGACGCGGAGCUGAUAGACACCGCAACGUUAAACCUGACUCGAUACCAAAAUCCAGAUGCACCGCAGCUACUACCUUGGUCGCGAAACUUCCGGCUGUUCCCCAAGGAAGAGGAGCGGGGAGCCUACAUGCCAGUUGAACUAAUUACGGCAGCUAUCCUCGCGGCUGGGUAUGAGGGCCCAUUGUCAAUGGAGGUAUUCAGCAGGUCGCUCGAGCGGCCAGAUGCAGAUGUCCCCAAGACACAUGCACAAAGGGCCUUCCGCAGUUUCGAGAUGAUUAUGCAAGCUGCGGAAUUGGUACCAAAAUUUUGGGGAACAAUUGCCCCAGCCUGUGCAGAGAAGUGGGGAGCAAAGCUUCUUGCCCAAACACGGACAAAAUUUGCCGAUCGCCCUCUCACAAAUGGACAUGGGGAAACCAGAGCCAACGGCGUGGCGCAUUAG